UUCCCAGGAAGGAGUGUGCGUUUGUAGGGGGUGCUGUCAGCCACCUCCUACCUCGGUGACUGCUGAAGUAACUUUCAACUUCUCUCCUCGUAACACUAUGAAGUUCCUCGGGAAGCCCAGGAGCCAGACAGCUGCUUUUCUGCCUCUCUGCUUGCUGUUUUUGGAGACUCUGCAACCAGGGCACAGUCACAUUUAUAACAACCGCUAUGCUGGUGAAAAGGUGAUAAGACUUACUCCCCAAACAGAAGAAGAAGCAUAUGCACUGAAGAAAAUAUACCACCAACUUAAGGUGGACCUGUGGCAGCCCAGCAGUAUCUCCUAUAUAUCAGAGGGAACAGUUACUGAUGUCCGUAUUCCCCAAAAUGGUUCCCGAGCCCUGUUAGCCUUCUUACAGCAAGCCAACAUCCAAUACAAGGUCCUCAUAGAAGAUCUUCAGAAAGCACUGGAAAAGGGCAGCAGCUUGCGGACCCAGAGAAAUCGAAGAUCCCUUCCUGGAUAUAAUUAUGAAGUUUAUCACUCCUUGGAAGAAAUUCAAAACUGGAUGCAUCAUCUGAAUAAAACUCAUUCAGGCCUCAUUCACAUGUUCUCUAUUGGAAAAUCAUAUGAGGGAAGACCUCUUUUUGUUUUAAAGCUGGGCAGAAGAUCACGAGCUUACAAAAGAGCUGUCUGGAUAGACUGUGGUAUUCAUGCAAGAGAAUGGAUUGGUCCUGCCUUUUGUCAGUGGUUUGUAAAAGAAGCUCUUCUAACAUAUAGGAGUGACCCAGCCAUGAGAAAAAUGUUGAGUCAUCUGUAUUUCUAUAUCAUGCCUGUGUUUAACGUUGAUGGAUACCAUUUUAGCUGGACCAAUGAUCGAUUUUGGAGGAAAACAAGGUCAAGGAACGUGAGUUUUCGCUGCCGUGGAGUUGACGCCAAUCGUAACUGGAAAGUGAAAUGGUGCGAUGAAGGAGCUUCUUUGCACCCUUGUGAUGACACAUACUGUGGACCUUUCCCAGAAUCCGAGCCAGAAGUGAAAGCUGUAGCUAACUUCCUCCGAAAACACAGAAAGCACAUUAGGGCAUAUCUCUCCUUCCAUGCAUAUGCUCAGAUGUUGCUGUAUCCCUAUUCUUACAAAUAUGCAGCAAUCCCCAAUUUCAGCUGUGUGGAAUCUGCAGCUUAUAAGGCUGUUAAUGCAAUUCAGUCAGUACAUGGAGUACGGUAUAGAUAUGGACCUGCCUCCAGCACAUUGUAUGUGAGCUCUGGUAGCUCAAUGGAUUGGGCCUACAAAAAUGGAAUACGCUAUGCAUUUGCUUUUGAACUACGGGACACUGGGCACUUUGGAUUUUUACUCCCAGAGACUCUCAUCAAUCCCACCUGCACCGAGACCAUGCUGGCUGUGAAGAACAUCACAAUGCACCUGCUAAAGAAGUGUCCUGGAGAGACCCCAACAGUCAACCACCAGAGAGAGAGCUGAUUCUGAGCAAGGGCUACUUGGGGGGUGGGUGGAAAUUGUUUUUAAAGAAAAGGGCAACUGCUUAGAAUGAACAUAUCUGUGGAUCUUAAAAAAAUCUCAUGCAGUUUGACUCCGUGGCAAUAGGAGAUGGUAAAAAUUAGGACACAUCCUAGUUUGUCAUAAGAGAAACCAUGCAUUUUAUAUCCCAUUAGACUCUUGUUUAAUUAAGGGGUGGAGAUGUUUUCAAAUCCUUUUUUUGUCUCAAGACAUACAAAUUAAUUGAGGAUUUCAAAAAAAACUUCAUGCCUUUGCUUAAGAGCU